AAUACAAGUUAGAUAACAGAAGUUAGAUAAGUUAGAUAGUGUUUUUUAUGAUUCCGAUGUUAAGCUGACUAUAAAGUUAGACACUUCUUGCUAUGCAAGUGGUAAAUUAUACAGUGUUAUUUUUAUCCCUUCGUUUUACCGGGUUUUAAAGGCAGUGAUUGGCAUGGAAUCCUCCAUUUGUUGCACACCUUGAUGCAGAAUAUACAUGUUUCUAAAGCUUAGAAAAUGGCCUCCCAGUGGACACGUUCUAACAGUGCAGAGAACAAGGUGCCACACACUCGAAUGGAGGAUGAAGCUGCUAUCCAGCAAAUAUACACAUUUGGGAGGAAAUUAGGUCAGGGUAGCUUUGGAGUAGUCCAUGAAGCCAGUCACAUUGAAACACAGAGGAAAUGGGCAAUCAAGAAGGUGAACAGAGAAAAGGCUGGGAGCUCUGCUGUCAAAAUGCUGGAGCGAGAAGUUACCAUACUAAAGCGCGUUAACCAUGAACAUAUCAUACAUCUAGAAGAAGUGUUUGAAACACCAAAGAGGAUGUACCUGGUGACAGAACUCUGCGAGGGAGGUGAACUGAAAGAAAUUCUGCAGAAAAAUAAACGCUUUACUGAAAAUGAGACAAGACACAUAAUUUGCAGUUUAGCAGGAGCUAUAGCAUAUCUGCAUAAAAAGGAUAUUGUACACCGGGACCUAAAACUGGAGAACAUUUUAGUUAAAAGUAAUCAUAAUGAUAACGGGAAUGAAAUGAUGCUUAACAUUAAGGUGACAGAUUUUGGUUUAGCGGUGCAGAAAGGUGGGGUUGGCAGUGAAAACAUGUUGCAGGCAACAUGCGGUACGCCUGUUUAUAUGGCUCCAGAAGUUAUCAAUGCUCAUGACUACAGUCAGCAGUGUGAUGUGUGGAGUAUAGGUGUCAUCAUGUACAUGCUACUCUGUGGUGAUCCACCUUUCAUGGCGACUUCCGAAGAGAGGCUUUUUGAACUCAUCAAAAAGGGAGGCUUACACUUCACUGAUCCAGUUUGGAAGACAAUAAGUGAUGGAGCCAAAAAUGUGUUGCAGUGUCUAAUGAAAGUCGAUCCUGCUCACCGCCUCACAGCCAAUGAACUUUUGGAUAACCCUUGGAUCACGGGUGACACAUCCACCCCAGCUAGGCCUUCUAAUGUACUGGAGAUGAUGAAACAGUUCAGAGAUGACCCUGAUGACAUAGACAAUGGCAGUCUUGAAGAUGACCUCAAUGGAUUAUCACUGAAGUCGUCCCAGGAAGAUGCCUUUCAGCCCAGGGAUGUGAUAGAUCAGAGGUGUAGUUCAGCUGGCAGUAAUGGUGCUUCAGAUCUCAACGUAGAGAUGGAUACUGACAGUGGAAGUAGCAAACCAUCUACUCCCACUAAACAGAUACAGAAAAAGAAGACUCUUACAAGUUCAUUACCCAAUGGCAUUGUGAAAAAGAAUGGAUCAACUCUAAAAACUUGUAGCACUCCCUCCACAGGUGGAAAAGUUUCCAACUUGGCAAAUACAAAGCGGACAACACAGCAGGACAAAUGGGAGUCCAGUCCUCAUAGCCUUGGACCUGCAGUAAGGCUGGCUUCCUUUUCAGUGAAGGGGGAACUGCACAAGGCGCCCAUCCCUACAAGCCACAGUUCUGGACACAAACACUCCAAACAUACUGCCAUUGCAAAGUCAAAAAAGACAGCAUAGAGCCCACAGAGAAAGUAGCAUCAGUUGAUAAUGUAAAGCAAGUGCCAAAGGAGACAAUACUGUAAAAGAAAAAAAACACAAUACAAUAUAACCAGAAAAAUAAUAAAUGCACAAAACACAAGAAACAGCCCAGAACAUGUUUGACUGUUAAGCAGAAGGUCUCUAGUUCUGCUCUCUAAAAUACAAGUCAUGUGAAGAUUGAAAUAAAAUGAUGGAUGUUAGAGUAUUUUACUUCUAAUGUAACAAUGGAUUGUAUUUUCUGAUGUGUAUAACAUAAUGCAAAAGAACGAUUCCUUUGGGGUGCUCAUAAGGAAAACUGGUGUGCAUCACGUGGUAAAUUGAUUUUUCACAUUGUUGAUUGUCUUGCAAAUGUGGUUUAAUUUCAGUAUUGUUAACGUGUGGAAACUAGAGUGAUUUUUUUAUAUUCUCUAUGCUUUGACUUACUUGUAAGCCAAUAUUCUGGAGGAAAAAUGUGCUGUAUGCACCUGCCACAUGUACCAAACUACUUUUUUUCUAUGAACCAUAUUUGUAGAUAGCUUUAUUCUUGAACGGACUACAUGUAAUAAUUUACUGGAGCUUUAAAGUGUCUUUGCUUAGGUUAAAUAUUGACACUACCUUAAGUAACACCAUUUUAAAGCAAAAGAAUUAAGCUGCAUAUUUUUCAAACUCUUGAAUAAUUUAGCAAAAUGAAUUCCCUGCGCACUGGAGGAGUAACUUAUCAUUAGUGGAAUCUUUGAUACAAAUAAUUACCACAUGGGUCUUUGCAUUCAGAAAUGGAGUUUACUAUAUGUAUCUUAUUGUAUUAUACUGUAUGAGAUUGUACAUGCUGUAUCUUUGGUUACAUUUUUAACAUCCUGUUCAGGCAUUCUUUUAGUUUUUGUAAUUAAAUAUCUUGUUUAAAAAAGAAUAAGCAGAGCUUAAAGAAAGGGUUCACAUCUCGUUUGCAAAUUUUUGGUGUUGAAUUGACCAGUAAUACACAUUUUUUGUAAUACAGGGAUGGAUUACUAUUGGUAGAUAUUUCUUUCUGUAAAGGUAAACUCUAUGUAACAGACAUAUUAUGUAAAAAUGUGUACACCUGAUAAUUAAAAACAGCUGGAUUUAACUUUGCAAUUACUGAAUGUACUGUAAAAGCCUUAAUACUCAUACAGAGUUGUGGCUCAAUCCUACUCUGCCAAACUAAAAAAAACCCUGUAUCGUAUCUGCUGUUUGCACAUCUGUAAAGGCUGUUGGAUUUACUGUACAAAAUUCUGAAGUGAAAUUAAACUUGUUACUUAGAAGUAAUUCUGUA